AAUCUUCAGCAUGGCGGGAAAGUAAAGGCGUACUUGUGCAAAAAUAUGUACAACAAAAGUUAUUAGGCUGUAGCCGACGCCGAGAUGAUGUGGCAGAAGAAGAGGUAAGUCACCGGCGGCCGCCAGCGUCAUCACAAGGUCAAAUCCCAAAGAAGAUCACCAAGUUUGGGGACAUUCUUGCUCCUUCCGCACUGCUCUGCGAUUGACAAACAUUAAUCACCAACCAUCACUCAUCACAACAGCACUAUUUGUUCGACGAAACCCCUUUCCAGAGAUAUGUCUACUCCCAGCAACCGGCAAGUUCAGCAACCCCGCUUCUUCUUCCCACCAACUUCUGUCGCAUCGUCACCGGCGACGCUUAACUUGGGAACGAGCUUAGCGCUUUCCAGACAGACUUCGAGAUCUUCUCGGCAUGGCCAUGGACAAAGUGAGGGAAGUGAACAUCGGCGUAGAGUCGCGUAUGGGCGUGAGCAUCUGCACUCCAGGUCAAGAAGUGGGAUACUCUUUGGCGGCGAGACGAACUCUACAGGAUCUUUGAGUUCCGACGGCACAGAGCUCCAGAUUCAAGAAGCACUCUCGACUUCAAUAAUUUUGGACAAAGAUCAACAGGUUGUUGCGUUUCAACCUCGAUUUCAAGGAAGAGCUCGGACGCCAUCGCCCAAUCCAACUGAAAUGGACAUAAUGGACGCUCUUGCAGAUAUACACCGUGGUCUUUACCUUGGAGAGGAACCUUUGGACCAAGAGGGGGGUAAUAAAAGCUGGGAACAAAAGGUAGGGAGUCUGAGAAAGGUAAUAGAGCAGUAUUUUGAGGGUGAUUGCGUUUAUGACACCCCACUUGUCCGACUGACCUCACGCUCAUCACUUCUUUCCCACUUCAGCCUACUGCACCUCCUUUCUACCCUAACUCUUCCAAGUCUGACUCCUUCCGCGGUAAUUCGACACGCUCGAUCAUUGACAUCGGCCUUUAUGCUCAGACUAGUGAAUGUCACUCCCAGAGAAGCUGAUCCCAUUCCUAGGUUUCGUAAGAGGGAUACAUUUGGAGAAAGAAGGUUUGGAGCAAGAAGUAGGGGCGGUAUAGGCCAGGGAGGGGCUUUUGGAAUCGAAGCAGCAUGGUUAUCAUUGGCAACUAUGUGUGCGCCCACUGAAAGAGAUGGAGAAGAUGGUUGGUGGAAGGUGUGGGAAGUCAGGGCUGAAUGUAGUGAGAUUGGCGAAAUGGAAUGUUAUGACGGAUAUCGCUUGGCUAUGAUAGACCACAUAAUAUCUCUUCACCUGCUCCCAUCAUUAACGCGCCCUCUUCCAAGCGAACCCACCACUCCUUCAUUCUCCUCCCCAUCGCCAUUAUCUACCCCUUCACCAUCUUCUGCUCAUCUCCCCGGAGCCUUGCAUAGUCUUCCAGCUCCGACUUUCGUGAGACGUUUGGUAGGCACAUUAGCAAGUGAAUUAGAUCUGGUUUUGAAGUGGAAGUUGCCGAUGACGACAGUAGUAGAAAUGAAUGAAGUCGGCAAGGCGACAUAUAUCAGAGAUAUAGUAGACCUACGCGAUGCCGUCGAAACUUUUGUGCCAUUUGCCAAGCGGUUCGGCUGGUUAACAAGAUCUCUGACCGGCAUUGUUUCGAGCGUGUUGGGUGAUAUCGUCGUACGAAGCAUCUUACCAAAAAGAGAAGAAAUGAUCGAGACAGCUAUUAAUGUUGAAACUGUUGAAACGGCAUACAGGGCCAGUGAGUACGUUGUUGAAAGCCCUUCAAGGGAAGGGUCGAAGACGCGAAUAUCAACGCAGGGAGGGCAAAAAGAGAAUAGUUUGGGCUUGCAGAAUCUGGGUCGUGGGUCGCAUAUGGCGCCCGACGUGGACGAUGAAGCACUUGUGACUGAAUGAAAAAGGGGUAUCGUAUGAGCAAAUAGACUAUUGUACCUUCUCGUUCACCGUUGUAUCUGUCGUAUCUGGGAUUUGCCUUGUCAUACUUAUACAUGCAUGUACAUACAAAC